AUGUCUGAUCAAGACACUAACACAAAUAAAUACGAUGAAUUGCGAAAUAUCUAUAAAUACUAUAUCGAUUCAUAUACUGCAUUGUAUCGGCUAAAAACGGAAAAUGAAGAAGAAUUAAACACGAUUUACAAUAUGAUCAAAACAGAAUUGAUAGAUUCAAAUAAUUAUUUCCCAAAAAGCAUUGUAAGAGAUAUUUUAAAUAUCAUUCCGUAUAAUAAUCGCUAUACAAAGUCAUAUUUAUAUCUUGCAAAACGUAUAACUGAUGAUUAUCAUGUAACAGAGGUCAACAAAAUUCCUACCAUUUGUAGCUUCUUGUUUUAUAAAGAGUAUGGGAUUACAUUAUACAAAUAUAAAAAAUUCAAAGAAAUUCAAUUUCAAAAUCCCAACAUUCAUUCAGAAAAUAAUAUUUUCACGGCAAUUAUGGAUAAUGACAAAGAAAGAUUCAUACAAUUCAUCGAACGCGAUGAUUUUGAUAAAGAAAAAACUCUUUACAACUCUUUGUAUCCAAUUGUUGAUAAAGGAGCAACGUUACUUGAAUUAUGUUGUUACCACGGAGCAGUAGAUUGUUUCAAGUUAUUAAGAACAAAAUUUGACUCACAAAUAGCUCACAAUUGCAUUGAUUUUUCAUUUUUAGGAAGAAAUCAAGAGAUUAUGAGUGAAUGUUUGAAACACCAAAAGCCUGAUGAAAUUACUAUGAAAUAUGCAAUUAUUUCACACAACAUUGAUUUCGUUACAUUCUUGAUGAGCGAAUAUAACUCAAAAAUGGAUUUAUUAGCUUGUGGACAAUACAAAAAUCUGGAAUCACUUUUAGUUUAUUUCGAUCAAAAGAAUGAUAUUAACAAAUGUUUUAUUUAUUCAAUGAUGUUUGAUAUUCCAUCCCUUUGCGAAUAUUUCCUUUAUUAUGGUGCAAAUAUCAACGAAAAAGAUUUGUUUGGAAAAACUGCUCUACAUUAUAUGGCAGCAAAUAAUAGUAUACAAACCGCUCCACUUCUUCUCUCACGCGAUAUUAAAAUCAAUGAAAAGGAUAAUUAUGGAAAAACCGCUCUUCAUUAUGCGGCAGAAAAUAAUAGUAAAGAAAUAGCCGAACUUCUCCUUUCUCAUGGUGCAAAUAUCAAUGAAAAAGACAGACAUGGAAAAACCGCUCUUCAUUAUGCAGCAGAAAAUAAUAGUAAAGAAAUAGCUGAACUUCUCCUUUCUCAUGGUGCAAAUAUCAAUGAAAAAGAUGAUUAUAAAAAAACUGCUCUUCAUUAUGCAGCAGAAAAUGAUAAUGAUGAAACAGCCGAACUUCUUAUUUCAUUCAAAGCCAAAAUCAAUGAAAAAGAUGAAGAGGGAAAAACUGCUUUUCAUUAUGCAACAUAUAACGAUAAUAUAGAAAUGGCCAAACUUCUUCUUUCUCAUGGUGCCAAAGUCAAUGAAAGAGAUAAAGAUGGAGAAAGACCUCUUCAUAAAGCUGCAUUUUUACAAAGCAAAAAAUGGUCGAACUUCUUCUUUCACAUGGUGCAAAAAUCAAUCAAAGAGCUAAGUUUGGUUUCACUCCUCUUCAACUCGCAGCAUCAUUUCCUAAAACAGAAGUCACAGAAUUUCUUCUUUUACAUGGUGCAAAAAUCAAUCAAAAAGAUGAUAGUAAAGAAACAGUUCUUCAUGCUGCUACAAACAUGA